AGCUGGAAACUGGCUCCGGUGGCUCCUUUAAGAAUUAGGGAUCUGGGAGUGACGCGGCAAUGAAAUCCAGUUGAUCCCUCUCUCGCUUCGAGACGAAAAGUAUUUGCGCCACCGCAAAGUAGCUAGCGCUGGAGAUCCGUCGCGAUUUGUUCAGCGUUGCGCGUGAAUGUGGGAAAGGAAAUUACUCGCUUUCUGUGAUCCUGUUUUGAACAUAUGUUACUCUUGUAAGUUGGGAUAACUUUUCAGCCUAAUAGAGUGGAGUGCUAGGAGAGCUGAACAUGGACUGGGGCACUGAGCUUUGGGACCAAUGUGACAUCAUUGAUAAACACACACAAUCUGGGCUGGACCUGGUGGAGAAAUACGUGAAGUUUGUAAAGGAGCGAACAGAAAUCGAACAGAAUUACGCCAAGCAGCUAAGGAAUUUAACCAAGAAAUACAGCCCUAAACGAGGCAGCAAAGAAGAGCAGGAAUGCAGGUUCUCCAAUCACCAGGCCUUUCUGGACAUCCUGAAUGAGAUGAACGACUAUACGGGCCAGAGGGAGCUGAUCGCUGAGAACAUGAUGAUCAAUAUCUGCAUCGAGCUCACAAAGUACCUGCAGGAGCUCAAACAGGAGCGCAAGAUGCAUCUGUCAGAAGCCAAGAAAGCACAACAGUCUCUGGAGAGCACCUACAAGCAGCUUGACAAUAGUAAAAAGCGAUUUGAGAGAGAGUGGAGAGAAGCAGAGAAGGCUGCUCAAUGUGCAGAGAAAACGGAUCAGGACCUCAAUGCUACCAAAGCCGAUGUGGAAAAGGCCAAACAGCAGGCACAUAUGCGAACGCACAUAGCAGAGGAGUGUAAAAACGACUACGCUUCACAACUUCAGAAGUACAACAAAGAACAGAAUCAGUUCUACUUCACGGACAUGCCUCUUGUUUUCAAUAGGCUGCAGGACAUGGAUGAACGGCGUAUCAAAAAGUUGGCGCACGGUUACAUCCUGUUUGCAGACACGGAGCGUCACGUCAUGCCCAUCAUUGGGAAGUGUCUGGAGGGCAUGACCAGAACUGGCACGAAUGUCAACGAGAGGAAUGACUCUGUGGUUCUUAUAGAGCAACACAAGUCUGGCUUCGAGAGACCAGGAGAUGUGGAGUUUGAGGAUUACAGUCAGGGCAUCAACCGGGCCUCCUCAGACAGCAGCCUGGGCACUCCUAAAGGUCCUCUAGAGUUGCUCGGCAAGAACAAGAAUAAAACAUUCCGGUUGUUCAAUAAGAAGAGCAAGGUAGGCUUCACUACUCCUGGAACUAUCUCUGAUGACACUGACUCUUCCCAGGCCAUCUACACUGAAUUUGAUGACGACUUUGAGGAAGAGGAACUCGCUGCACCUAUUGGUCAAUGCACAGCACUCUACAAUUUCCCAGGCUCCAGUGAGGGAACCAUCUCCAUGCAGGAAGGGGAGGUGCUGUCUGUAGUGGAGGAGGAUAAGGGAGACGGAUGGACACGAGUGCGCCGGAACAACAGGGACGAGGGCUAUAUCCCGACUUCUUAUGCUACCAUCACUCUUAAUAAAUGACCUCAUCCCCUUUCCACCCGCUGCAGCAGUGAUGGACUAUACCAAACACUAUUAGUUGCUUCAGAUUACCACUCAUGUCCCAACAUGGCUUGCUGCUCCUCUCAGAGGGAUCAUUUAAGGGGGAAUCACUGCACAUUGGGCUAAUACACUCCUCCUCUAAGGAUGAAUGAGUAUCUCAGGGUGUGUAUUAUGUGAGUAAAUGAGGUAGAGAAGGUUGGAAUAAUUUUUCUCCUUAUUUUGCAUGAAAAACGAUGUAGCAGGGUGCCAUGUAUAAAUGCAACUAUUGCUCAACAGACACAUCAGUUCCUGUGGUGACUCUUAUGGUGACUUUUGAUAGCAGUCUAUCAGCAGAGCUGAGAUAUUUUGUCUGACGUCCUUCACUAAGAUCUUCCAUCUGCAACUUGAUGAUAUGAUUCUGCAUCUGGAGCGAAAAGCGUAACUAUCUCCGCUGGCAGAAAUCCAGCAGCGUUUUAACUUGAAGUAUUUGCUUUGAUGAUCCGAGUGGCCAAAAAUGAUGUUUUACAGCAGUAAGUGUUGCAUAUGCUUCCUUAAAUGUGCAGUAACAUGAAUACCACAUCUAUGAGUCAAUAAGACCUAACAUUUUUGUCUAUAGAAAAUACUGAGCUCCCAAGUAAUAUUAAUUAACUCCCUCUUUCUUUCUUUUUUAAGACUGUUACACAAAUACACAAGUUGACAUACUCAGCAAAAUUAUGACAAUCAAAGUCUCAAUCUGCAGAAAAACCACACUUCUCAAAUCUACGAAUAUGUAGUACAUUAAAUAGUUUGUUGAAAUAAAAGAAUAUAAUUUAUUGAGUAUAUAAAUAAGUGUUUGUAUAAUAAACAAUCAAUCACAUUUAUAUAAGAGUUGACUGCACACAUUUGCUAUUUCAGAUAGAUCAACAAUGCACAGUGUACUCGCAGUUAAGAAAAACUAUUUUAGGUGACAAAAGCAAAUUUAGGAGUUUCAUAUAUAGAUAUAUGAAAUAAUAUAUUUUAGGCAUCACAACACCACUAUUGUCUUAUUAGCUUUCUGUUCUUGAUGAAUAAAGAUUGUAUAGUUAAUAGCUUUCUAAAUACAAGGGUCCGAGCCUCUUGUGUUCAGCAUUUGUUUUGUUUGUCUUUGAGCAAGUCCACGGCAGAACUGUUAAUGUUUGGCCAAGUCAAGGUGCCUUCAACUUUGUAUAUGUACCAUACUCAGAAUACGUUAUUUUAUUGUCUUUAUAAAUGUCAAGCACAUUUCCAAGUUGACAAGAUUUCCUGUUGU